AUGAUCUUAGAAAGGCUGAACAGAUUUUCUUCAAUUAUAACUAAAUUCCGUAGGCACCAUCGUGGAGACGCAGGAGCCGGGAAAGUGCCACGCUUUGAAGAUAGUCUUAACAACCUAACCGUAUCGUUGGGAAGAGAGGCAGUAUUCACUUGUGUGGUCAAUGAUCUCGGCUCCUACAGGGUGGCGUGGUUACGUGUGGACACGCAGACUAUCCUGACGAUUGCCACCCACGUCAUUACCAAAAAUCACCGUAUCGCAGUAAAUCACAGUGACCGCCGAGUAUGGUUCCUUCACAUACACGACGUACGGCAGUCAGACCGAGGCUGGUACAUGUGCCAGCUUAACACUGACCCGAUGAAGAGCCAAACCGCUUACCUAGACGUAGUAGUUCCACCGGAUAUUCUGGACUACCCCACGAGUAGUGACCAAGUGGCCAGAGAAGGUGUAAACGUGACGCUAAGGUGUGCAGCACAUGGAGUGCCAACACCUACAGUUGUAUGGAGAAAGGAGGCCGGCGACUUGUUGCCCACCACUAACUUUAGUGAUACACAUAAUUCAUCUGUAAAUGGCGCAGUACUUCAGUUAGUAAAAGUAUCAAGAUUACAUAUGGGGGCCUACUUAUGUAUUGCAAGUAACGGGGUCCCACCCUCAGUCAGCAAACGUGUCAUGCUCGUUGUACACUUUCCACCAAUAAUGACUAUACAAAACCAAUUAGUGGGAGCAAAAGAAGGUGACACUGUACACUUGGACUGCCAUUCUGAAGCUUUUCCUAGAUCUAUUAAUUAUUGGACGAUAAAUGAUCAAAUAAUAUCGCAAUCAGACAAAAGGUUUGAAAUCACGGCAGUAGAGAGAGGAUACGAGGUGGAUAUGAGGCUGAAGAUUAAAAAAGUUGGCAGACAUACUUUCGGUACAUACAGUUGCAUAUCAAAGAAUUCUCUCGGAGAUACGGACGGAACAAUAAAAUUAUACUCAUUGUCCGGUAAAUUCGAGGAAAUGCAGUACAACGAGUUGGGUGAGUCAGACGAGGGUCCCGAUGUCAGCGAGCUGGAAGCGCUCAAGAGGAGCGCAGCGUCAAGAACGUACUUUCUAUCCGUGAUCUUCGUAGUCGUUUACGUUGUAUUAUAA